ACCAAUUGAAAAGUUGCCUAAAAUUAGCCAUUCUAGAAUAUACUAAAACACAACUUAAAGAUGGAGUUAUGAAGAUCCAAAUUAUGUUAAGAUCUGUUAUCCAGAAAGCCCCAGGCCCCAAGCAUUUUGGAUGACAGGUCCCUGUAGUUGAGAACCAAUGAAGGGACACAGGUAUCUGGGAAGCAAUUGAGAAACUACUAGAAAUUCCUCUACUUUCCCCAAUUCCAUAAUUGACCAAUAAGGGAAACGUGUCAGAGGGUGAGACUAAAAUGUUUCUCCCCUGUCCCCUGGUUGUUAGAUCAGGCCCAGUGUAUGAAAUGAACAGUGAGAACAUUAGUAGGGACUGAAAACAAUGGUUGGAAGGGAGGGGACAUCCUGCCAAUAAACAGACCUCUCCAUAUUUACCCUCAAGUACAAUGAAUGUUGGUCCCCGCGGAGCCACAGAACAACAAUGACCGUCAGUAAAUCAGCGGGUGCAGAGUCUGAGCCUGACAACGUUACAAGGUGUAGUAGCGCAGUUCUGCCGCUAGGUGGGAGGAGCGAGCGCUCAGACAAGCCAAUAGGAAGCAACCAAUUCCCAUGAUCUUCUCCGGGUUAUCCAGUGUUGUAGCGCCGGGCUGCCGCUAGGUGGUAGGAGCGAGCACAGACAUUCCUGCACUGGAGGAAGCAAAGUCCAACACUUGUCAGUGGGUUUUAAUCGCAGCGCAGUGUCGGGCAGUGUGAGGAGGGCGCAGGAUUAGCGGCAGGAUGGCGGGGGGCUACAAGCUGAAACGCAGAAAGAAGGGCAAGUACCGGAAGCUGCGCCCCGAGGAGGGUAAUAAGGGCACCUGUAUAGAGGGGGGAGGGGAGGAGACACAGGAGCGGCAGGUACCACUGGGCACAGAGUCCGAGGGGGGGAAGAAGAAGAACAAGAAGGGGAAGAAGAGCAGCAGUAAGAAGGUGCAUGUGACUCCCCUGCAGGACAGGUACGAGCCCCUGGAGGAGGCGGAGGAAAAGGAGAGCCCCCAGGAGAAAUCAUACAGGAGAAAGCAGAAAGUAAAGAAAUAUGCCAAGAAUGUGGGGAAGGCUGUGCGCACCGGCUGCAGAUACCUGCUGAUCGGAAUCCAGGGACUGGCCAAUGCCUACACUAGUCCAGUGAGCAUGACUUCUGUUGUGCUGUCAUCUAUGACUCGCUAGCUGCUCAAGGAGACUUUGUCCAAGAAUUUCAAACAACUUGUCUACCUUCAAAGAAACUGCACAGAACCACAAAGGUCCAACGAGACCAGACAUUAUUCCUGAACUUUUUGUUUUUCCUAAUGUGUGUAUUUUUAGUCUCCAGCACAUUUAUAAUAAGGAGAGACCAAAGCAGUGUAUUCAAAUCAGCAGGAAUUCUGGGAAAGAAUGUAUGCAAAACAGAAGGAAUUGUGGGAAGGACAAUUGGAGAGACACUUAUGUACUGUGUUUUUAAGGCCAAACCACGAUGGGUGCUGAUAAGAUCGCAGAACCCCUAAUUAAAAAUUGUUGCACAGGUUGAAAGAAGGAAAAGACAUCAUGGAGCACAUGGUGGUGCAGGAGGAGGACAUGGUGGUGGGCAAGGAGGGUGUGGUGAUGCAGAAGGAGCACAUCGUUUUGCAGACGGAGGGCAUGGAGGUGCAGAAGGAGGGUGUGACGGUGCAAAAGGCAAACAUGGUGGUGCAAAAUGUGAAUGUGGUGGUGCAGGAGGAGAGUGUGGUGGUGCAGUAGUUGGACAUUAAUAUUAAUUAACAUUAUUAAUGCUGAUAAGUCAUUUGUCAUCAAAUAUAUAUAAAUAUAUACCAGGGGACAUCCAUUUAUACACACACAGGAUUCAACAUAUGUUCCCAACUGGACUGGGGGGGGGAGAUAACUCAGUUGCACAGGGUUCUUCCUCCCUGCCUCCUUGUGGGAUGCUGAGAGUUGUAGUUUAAAAACAUCUGAACCCAUAAAUACUAAUAUUAGUUAUCAGUUCUAAUAAAAUUUUACCUGAAAUAAUCUCUGGCCAAGAGGAGACAAAGGUUGAGGCCGCCCCAAAUGUCGUCUCUGCUUUUAUUCCUUUGUUCAUACCCCACUCCUAUCCCUCUCUUAGAUUUGUACAUAAAAACAUGACUAUCAUAUCUAGAAAAUCUCAAUAGACUGCAUUUUGUAAUGUGUUUUUGGGAUAUAAUGUACAAUUGUAUUUAUAUAUAUAUAUAUAUAUAUAUAUAUAUAUAUAUAUAUAUAUAUAUAUAUAUAUAUAUA